UUCAAUAAAAUUGCCUUAAACAAGCCUAUUUUGGGGAGAAUUCAGACAGUUGUUCUUGCUGACUUGGUACAUCUUACAUAGAUUUUACGAUGCUUCUGGUAACUUGCUUUUCUCUGUGAAAUUUUUUAAGAAGGAAGGUAACCCUUUCUUUGGCAUUUCCUUUUCUUCUGACGGAUUUAAAGUAGUGCAAUAUUACCGUCGAAAAUUAAACAAGAAGUUACCUGCGGGUUAAUUGCGUAUCAGGAAACAGUUUGCGUGCUUUUGUAAUAAGGACACGACAGCGUAAAAGGUAGGAGACGUGAAAUAUCGUGUCGCAGUAGAACACAUAAGAGUUUGUGAGAGUACAGUACCUUAUCUGAAGCCGACCUUGACAAGGAUACAGUGGAUUGCGGAUUGUGACAAAAUGGCGGGCUAUUUCGGUCAUGUCGGAGGACAUGUGCCUCCGUAUUCGGUGGGAAGCCACGGAUUGAGUCAUCCUGCACCGAACAUCGAUUUCUUCAGCCAAAUGGCUCCUCCACCGUGUGCGCACCCGAGAAAACAGCGUCGAGAGAGAACGACUUUCACCAAGGCCCAACUGGAAAUCCUAGAAGAGUUAUUUAGCAAAACAAAAUAUCCCGACAUUUUCAUGAGGGAAGAAGUCGCAAUGAAAAUAAGCCUUCCAGAAAGCAGAGUGCAGGUUUGGUUCAAAAACAGAAGAGCGAAAUGUCGCCAACUGGACAAAGCUGCGGAAAAUAAACGAAAACUCGAGAAGAAAUCACCUCCAGGAACAAUUCCGACGUCCAAAAUUGAACAAAAGAAAUCAAGUCCUUCUCCAUACCAGCUCCCCAGCUGCAGCGCAAAUAUAAAUAACAUGUGGAAUGGGCCAGCAUCUACCCCGCUAACACACAGUCAAAAUUACCCCACCCCUCCUGUGUUAACAAACAAUUCCGGUCCGGUGUUUAUGCCUCCCCCACACCCUCCCCCUGCACCGGCACCCCCGCCAUAUUAUCGUCCGAACUCUGACUGUUCAUACAUGUCGGCGUCACCUUACAUGCAUAUGAAUAGACCUGGUGAGCAAGCGUACCCACCGACUCAUAUGUAACAACUGUUCAACAACUGUUAGAUUUUCGCGAAACAGUGGUGAACAUGAUUCGUCUGCGCCAAUGGAAUAUCCAGAAUAGAGUAUCGCACGAAGACUGCCGAAGGUAUCCGAAUAUUUCAAGGAGUACGGAAGAGAGCACGCUGAAUGAAGUUCAAGGAAAUCGGCUGAAUCCUCGAAGGCAAUUUUUUCAAGAAAAAAACUAAGCAGAAUGUUGUACAUACGAUUUAAAGAACAGCUUUUGCACUAGCCGCGGUGUAUAUUAGCUAGCAUAAAUUUCACAUUUAGAGGUUUUUAAACACGUUUAUUUCUAUUGAAGACUGAACUGGUCAUCUCGGAGACAAGAAAUGGUUGGCGACGCCCCCCCCCCUCCCCAUCCCCCCUUCCGUUUCUUCAAUGAGCAACAAGUCUUCACUUUUUAUUUUUGAGUCAUCUUUGUUAUCUUUUGCUUCGUGUAAGUGAUGCUUUCUCCAAUUCAGUUUACGACGCUUGUUACAUUUUUAGCAAUCAAAAGGUAGAUACAUUUAAGAUCAAUACAAAAGGAAAACUUAAAGCUC